AUGUCCAAGUCAACUCUCGCCAUGUUUGCUGCCCUCGGAGCCGGAGGAGGCGCUGCUCUCACCGCGGCUGCCUAUGCUCUGCGAUCUUCAUCGUCCGAGAACAAGAAGCCCGAGUCGCAAAUCGCCAUAGCCCCAGGCACCAGACCGAACACCAUCACUGCCAAUACCGCACUCGCGAUACCCUCGCAACAAGUCUUCUCAACUGCACCCGCUGUGCCAGGCGGGCCUGUAAACCCAGCCGGUCUCUUUGAGUACGGCUUCCCUGGUCCGAUAUCAGAUGUCGCCAACCGAUCUGCCCUGAUAUCGAGCUACGACCGCCGAACGCGCAACCCGCAAUGGGUCAUAGAACACAUCACGCCCGAUUCUCUCGGCCGUCGGGACGGUGACCGUAAGCACAGCAUCUUCUUGGAAGACGACUCCGUGCCACCCAAGUUCCGCGGUCUCCUCAAGGACUAUUUCCGCAGCGGCUACGACCGUGGCCACCAAGUCCCGGCUGCCGAUGCAAAAUGGUCCCAGAAAGCCAUGGACGAAACCUUCUACCUCUCCAACAUGUGUCCCCAGGUUGGCGAGGGCUUCAAUCGCGACUACUGGGCGCACUUUGAAGAUUUCUGCCGCCGCCUCACCGGCCGGUAUCCCUCUGUCCGCAUCGUCACCGGCCCGCUUUACCUCCCGCGCAAGGAUCCCGUCGACAACAAGUGGUACGUCAAGUACGAAAUGAUUGGCAACCCACCAUCCAUUGCGGUACCCACGCAUUUCUACAAAGUCAUCUUCGCAGAAGACGGCAAGGUAGGAGGAAACGUGGCCAUCGGCGCAUUCGUCCUCCCCAACGCACCUAUCCCCAAUGAGAAACCCAUCACCGACUUUGAAGUCCCUAUUGAGGCGGUUGAGCGUGCCUCCGGACUAGAAUUUGCAACCAAGUUGCCCGUCACGAGACGGAAGAGACUCUGCGCGGAUACUACCUGCGCACUCGUCAUUAGAGAGUACGCUGAUAGGCAAAAGGCCUUUGGGAAGGGUGGUCAGCGGGCUAUUUCCGCUCCUCCUUCGCCAUGA